AUGACGGUCUUGAGGGUCUGGAGGAACUCGGCGCCGUCCGCGCCCAUGAUGAUGCGGUGGUCCGCGGUGAGGUUGACGUUCAUCAUCUUCUUCACGCCGAUCAUGCCGUCGUCGGUGGCCACCACCGUGGGCUUCGAGCCCGCGACGGCCAGAAUCGCGCCCGUGCCCUCCGGCAGCACGGCGUCGAAGGACUCCACGCCAAACAUGCCCAGGUUCGACAGCGUGAAGUUGGAGCUGGAGAGUGUCCCAGCGCGCGGGCAUCGCAAGUUUGUUUUGGUGGAGGCUCACCAGGACGCGAGGCACAGGAGCAGGUUGUUGCAACACUGUGGCACCCGUGGUGUGGUGUCACGGCAGCGCCACGCGCAGGAGUCGCGCCUCACCUUGUAG